AUGAUUAUCACUGGUGAUGAUGUGGCUGGUAUUCUUAGCCUCAAACAAUUUCUCAAUCAUCAGUUUGAGAUGAAGGAUCUUGGUACUCUUAAUUAUUUCUUAGGGCUUGAAAUCUCUCAUGAUUCCAUUGGUUAUUAUUUGUCACAAGCCAAAUCUGCAUCCGAUCUUCUGAUGCAUGGUGGUCUUACCAAUUGCAAGAGUACCUCUACUCCUAUUGAUCUUCAGACUCAUCUCACUCCUUUAGACAGGGAUCUUCUCUCUGAUGCUACUCUUUAUCGCCAGUUGGUUGGAGGUCUUGUCUAUCUGACUAUGACUCGUCCUGACAUUGCUUAUGCUAUCCAUCUUGUCAGUCAGUACAUGUUAGCUCCUCGUACCCCGCGUUACACUGCUCUACCUCGCAUACUUCGCUACUUUAAAGGCAUUAUGUUCCAUGGCUCAAUUACUCUACUCACUCUUCUCUCGAGCUUUAUGCCUUUUCUGAUGCUGAUUGGGCUGGGGAUCCUACUGAUCAACGCUCCACUAUGGGUUUCUGUUUCUUCUUAG